AUGGUUGUACGCGCUCUUCUUAUCAUGGGAGCAGCCUACCUCCGUCGAAUUCGGGGGCUACCGAGAAUAAUUUAUAGAGUACCGAAGAAUUUACAGCCUCAGUUGAUAAAGGCCCCGGCACAAAAAUAUUCGUACUUCCGCAGUCCGAGGCUACUUAAAUACUUGCGCGGUUUUGCCGGUCGGGACUCAUUGGCAUCGAUCGUGCGGAAGUCCGUAACGGCAUCCAGCACUUACAAACGCCCUGGUAGCCUGAUUCGAGCAUACAGUGGGCUUGCUGGUUCCGUCCACUUGCGACAUCAAAUUGGUAUACCUUAUCGUUCCGAUUUUACACCAAUCAAUGAAUUGUCCAAACCUCCUGAGCAAUCUUGGAUUAGUGGCUUUCUCUCAUCCAUUAAUCGGUUUCCCACAUUACCUAACUUCUCGAAUCAAAUCCCGGUGCUCGCUCCAAAAGAGCUGAUCGGAACUGGUUGCAAUAGCGCUGUUUGGGCUGCCGACCUGGAAUCCUGUGAAGAUGGCGAUGGUGCAAACAACGAACUAGCAGUGAAAGUGCUCUACAAUUACUACGCCGCUUUUCAAGUGGAUUCAUUCCUUAACAAUGGUGUCCUUGGCAAGGAGGUUGACAAUACUGCUUACAUGCUAGACCAAUCAGUGAACUGGGUCCUUUUGCACCGACAGCUGGAACGCGAGUGUGGUCUCAGGCCACCUUUGGGUCACCCGAACAUUGUCCCCCUUGUCGGUCAUUUCGUCGCCCGAGCUCCUACUUCUCACGGAACGCCUGAAUCCCUUCACGUACUCCCUGAAACAUCUCCAGAUCACGAGAUUCGCGGACCCCACCAUGCGUAUGAUUUUUCAAUUUCCGGUGAUUGGAAAAGAGCUGAUGAAUUUGCCGAAGGAUUUGGUGGACGUCCUCUCACAUAUUAUCUACUGAUGCCGAGGUUUCAAUCAACUCUAGACGAACUUCUUAGUGGCGCAUGGCAUCCACCAAUCACGAAAGACAGCCGAAAAGAGGCCGAAGACAGGGAACUGUUCUCCACUGAUUCAUCUAAUGGGAGGGACGUCGCCGUUGAACCAGAGAAAAGUCCGAUUUCAUCUUCCGAUAGUUCCGAUCCUAUCGUUCUAUCAUCCUCACUCCAAAAUGUCGGCAAUGAAGCAUCAUCCAGGGACUCCCCGCCUUGUCAUCUAGAUCCGGACGAGGCGGUUGCCAUCCUCGCCCAACUAUUUGAUGCAGUAGCGGAGCUAGAACGCUUGGGGGUAUCUCACAGAGAUAUAAAGGGGAAUAAUAUUCUACUCCGUCUGCGAACUCCUCCACAAAUGACACAUUUCAGGAGUGCCAGUCGGAAUGUUACGCCUACCGCCUGUUUGGCUUGGUUAGACAACAAGGAGGCAUCUCUUUUAAAUACACGGUUUCAUGUCGCCAUCACUGACUUUGGAUGCGCUGUUCGGACUCGCGUUUGGAAUCCUGACGAUACAUGGUCCAGUUUCUUUCGAUUCCUUGACCAUAUGUUUGGUCCAGACCUAACGCAAUCCCGUAUGGAUGUUCUCACACAUAGUGGAAAUAGCCUUCUGCUUGCCCCCGAAAUCGCGUCGCGGCUGUGGUCUACCAACGCGGAAGCAUCACUUGAACUCUCAGGCACGGAUUACGCGAAGGCCGAUCUAUGGGCCCUCAGUGUUUUUGAUAGACAACUCUUAGAUGAACUCCAGCGGUACCCAAUCGAUGAGAUUAGCGAAUCUUUAAUGAACCGCCUUGUGCCCUUACUAAGCGAAUGUUGGGCAGCCGAUUGGCUGACAGGUGCGGCUCGGCCUCCCGACGGUCUACGUGUCUCCUUCUACAGACGUAUCACUCCUCGCCGAUGGGCUAAAUGCCUACUCAUCGUCUAUCACGCUGAAGCAGAGCGUGGGGAUUGUAUUGCGGAGCACAUUGUGUGGACGAUUAGCACUUCUUCUUCCAGUACCCCCGAUUUCUCACUGUUGACCCCUUAA